AUGGACGUGGAAAACGUUUUGAUGGGUGAACCUUGGUCCUUUGAUAGACAUUUGGUGGUGCUAGAGCAGUAUGAUGGGUCCAUCCAAGUUAACGAGUUGAAGUUCAGAAGCACAUUUUUUUGGGUUCAAAUCCAUGGUCUCCCUCACUCCCAUUUGAAUGUUGAAACGGCUCUCAGGCUCGGUGAUUCUUUAGGUGUAGUCUCUAAACCUAAAGAUAUAAGUGAGAUGAAAGGGGGUACUUUUAUGCGAGUGAGAGUGGAGGUGGAUGUUAUGAAGCCAUUGUGCAGAGGGCGGCGUGUUACCUGGGAUGAAGCAUCGGAGGGUUGGAUUUAUUUCAAAUAUGAGAGGCUCCCCAACAUUUGCUAUUGGUGUGGUCACUUGUCACAUGAUGACAAAGACUGCAUUAUUUGGCUUCAGAGUAAAGGAUCUAUGUUGAUGGACAAGCAACAGUUUGGUGCAUGA